GCAUGUUUCGAGCCGCCACGUCCUCAGUUUUAUUCCACUUCAUGUUGCUGCUCGGUCUCAUCAUGGCUGUAUUCACACUGGGCUUCAACCUCUAUCAACAAGUCACACUGGACAAUGGGUCCUCCUGUGGUCCACUUGGAAAUAGAGAAACAGUGUUUAAUGUGACAGGGGUUUGUGUGAAUAGUCUGCCCAACCUGGCACAGAGCACUCUCCACUACCUGACCUCCAUGGCCUUCGCCCUGCCACUCAUACUUGCUGAAAUUAUAAUCUUAACAUCCUAUGUGUCACGGGGUCGAGCCAAUCAGAAGGCCAUUGAGAGACUGAAAGACAUGCUGGUUAUGAGUAGCUCAGAUAAGCGUUUCCUGGUGAAACAGCACACCACAGUGCUCAGACGUCAGAGGGAUACCCACAGACUCCGCACAAAGUAGCGGAUUCAAGUGCUCAAGCUGUCCGGCCUUCUUGUCCAAAGACUACCACUCAAAAAAUGUCCUCUGCCAACCAGACUGGAGCUGCCUGUAAAUAAAAAGUAAAAAAACUCCUGAAGUCUCACUUUUAUAGUGAGAUUAUUUACAAAUUUAAGAAGUGUAGAAGUUACA